CGCGCCAGUGGACCAAUGGGAGCGGCCGUUUCAAAAUCGCGCGGCGCCAUCACGAGGUUGGGACCCGCCGCCAUUUUCUUUUUCUGGAGACGUGUUUUGCGGCGUUCCUCCCCUGGUAAACAAAAAAGCGUCGCUCCAGACCCUCUUCGGGGACGCCAGGCACGUGAAAAUACUUCGCAGGUGGUGCCGCUCGGGGACCCGUCACCGCUUCCCAAGAUGAGUGAUGUGGACAUCUCGAAACUCAAAGUGGUGGAGUUGAAGGCAGAGCUCCAGGCGCGAGGCCUAGAUACAAAGGGCAACAAAGCUGUUCUGGUAAAGCGGCUCAAGGAUGCCAUGGACGCGGGACCCACCGGAGAAGGACCGGGUGAGGCAGAGGAGGGCGACCAGUCUGCCGAGGAGUCUCAGGGGUCCACCACCAACCUGGGAACGGGCGACGACAGCUUCCAGCAGGACGAGACUUCCAAGCAGGAGGCUUCGCCCACAGCUCCCGAAGAGUGCACAGACGACUCGCAGGCGGAAACGGCUGAGCCACAGUUUGCCGAGGAGUCCUUACCGGAGCCCGAGCCGGAAGCUGAACCCCCGAGCGUGAAGGAGGAGCCUGCAGAAGCGGAGGUCCACAGCAACAACAACAACAACACGGAGGAGGACGAAGGGGCGUGUCCAGCAGCUGCAGAAGCCCCACCCCCCCAGGCAGACGCAGAGAUGGUUCAGGUGAAGGAGGAACCCAUGGAGGUGGCCACGGCCCAAGUGAAUGGGGAGCAGCAGGACCAGGCGGCAGUCAAGACCGAGCAGGGCGCCGGGGACGCAUCCACACAGGGGGAGGACAGGAAGCGUAAGCGGUCGCGCAGCCCAGAGCAAGAACGCUUGAGGGCCCAACAGAGCUAUCCGGUGAAGGUGGAAGAAUUCGCAGAGGACACCUUUGAUGAGACGGUGGUCGCCCUCGACACCUACAACUCGGACCUGAACCUGAGCAUAGGCAAGGAGCGCUUCUCCGCCGAACCCUUCUCCCAGCUGGGCUUCGGCCUCAUGUGGGCGGGCGCCAGGGCCACCUACGGAGUGCUCAAGGGCAAGGUCUGCUACGAGACCAAGAUCACCAAGUACCAGGACGUGUCCCACCUGCCGUCAGACGAGCCAACCCCCAAUGUGGCGCGGGUGGGCUUCUCCACGGAGAGCACCAGCAUGCAGCUGGGCGAGGAGCCUUUGUCGUACGGCUACGGCGGCACGGGCAAGAUCUCGGUGGACUGCAAGUUCAAGGACUAUGGGGAGCCCUUUGGCGAAGGGGACGUCAUCUUGGGACUAGUCGACAUGGAUUCCGACCCUGUGCGGAUGAGCUUUGCCAAGAACGGCAAGGACCUUGGGGUGGCCUUUGAGGUGGCCAAGGCCACCCUUGGCGGGCAGGCCCUCUUCCCCCACGUGUUGUCCAAGAACUGCUCCUUCGAGGUCAACUUUGGACAGAAGGAGGCUCCGUGGUUCCCCCUUCCCAAAGCCUACCAGGACUACUCCUUCCUGGGCUGUGUACCCCUCGACGAACGGCUCAGGGGCGUCCUGGGACCAAAGAAGAAGGCGGACUGCGAGAUGAUAAUGAUGUGCGGUCUCCCGGGGUGUGGCAAGACGACGUGGGCCAACGAGUACAGUCAGAAGCAGCCAGAGCGCAAAUACAAUAUCCUGGGCACUAACAACAUCAUCGACAAGAUGAAGGUGAUGGGCCUGCCCAGGAAGCGCAAUUACUCCGGGAGGUGGGACGUGCUCAUUGACAAGUCCACCAAGUGUCUCAACAAGCUUCUGGAGCUGGCCUCCAAGACACCGCGCAACUACAUUCUGGACCAGACGAACGUGUACCCGUCGGCCCAGCGCAGGAAGAUGCGUCCCUUCGAAGGGUUCAGGCGUCGGGCGGUGGUGAUAGUCCCCACGGACGAGGAAUUUCUGCGGAGGUGUGCCAAGAGGGAGAAGGAGGAGGGCAAGGAUGUGCCUGACAUUGCAGUGCUCGAGAUGAAGGCCAACUUCUCGCUGCCCGAGGCCGGAAACCUGUUUGACGAGGUGACAUUCACGGAGCUGUCGCGAGAGCAGAGUAUACCGCUGGUGAAGCAGUACAACGAGGAGGGGAGGGCAGCCUGCGGGCCCCCCCAGUCCCGCUUCCGGUCGGGGGGCGGCUUCGAGAACCACAGGGGCGGCUUCGGGGAUGGAGGACGCGGGGGCUUCAGGCCGCCCUUCAGAGGGGGAGGCUUUGACCGGCGGCGGCCCUUCCCGAGAGGCGGAGGACCACCCGGCGGCGGCGGGUUCAGGGGAGGGCCCCCGAGAAAUUUCGGCCCGUCAUUCCGAGGGGGCGGCGGCGGUGGCGGCGGCAUGGGAGGAGGGGGAGGCGGGGGUGGCUUUCGCGGCGGGUUCCGUGGCGGCCCUCCUCCAAUGGGGGGACGUGGAGGCCCCCCCAGGGGCGGGCCCCCCGACAUGAGGAGGGGGGGACCUCCUCCCCCUGCACCCAGGGGGUCCUGGGGAGGAGGAGGAGGCCCCAGGCAUGGGGGAGGAGGCUACGGGGGCAGGGGUGGACCCCCCCAUGGGGGACACGCCCCGGCUCCCCCCGCACCGCAGCAGCCACAGCAGCCGGCGUACGGUGCCGGUUACGGUGGCUACAACCAGCAGUACUCCUCGUACGGCCAACAAGCGUACCCACAGCAGCAGGCGCAGACAUACGGUCAGCAGCCGCAACCUCAACAGGCAGCGUACGGCCAGCCGGCCCCAGCCUACGGCCAACCGGCGCAAGUUCCGCAGCAACAGCCAGCGGGAGGCUACACUGCACAGCAGUACCAGUACCAGCAGCAAUGGAACCAGUACUACCAGAACCAGCAACAAUGGAACCAGUACUACCAGCAGCAAGGCUACGCUGCAGGAGGAGGCUAUGCACCCCAGGCUCAGCAGUUGGCACGCAAAUAGGGGAGGGAGAGAGAAAGAGAGGCCCCACCCCCUCAAAGGGCGGUCCUCUGUGCUGGCCCCGCCCCCUUCCCCACAAAGGUCCACCCUCUUUUUUUUUCUGUGGGGACAACUCUUCCGAAGGUUCUCGGGGUUCCGCCCCUUUUUGUCUGGGAGGGUCGGUGACUGGCUCCGCCUCCCCAGAUCGGUUCUCGAGCCCAGUGCCCCUUGUGAGAUGCCCCGCCUCCUUGCUCCAGAAGACUGUACCUUUUUGGGGAAAGGCUCUGCCCAGCGACCAGAGUUUUGGGCUCUGUCUCUUUGACGAGGUUUCCGUGAAGGCUUCGGAGUCCCAUUUCUCGGUUGUAAAUUUGGGAGAUUCUUCUGUCCUAAGGAUUCACGGUGAAGUCCUCUUUUUCUGGGGAAGAUUCUCGGGAAGUUCCGCCCUCCUUCAAGGAGGUCUCUCUGGCCCCACUUGCAAGCUGCCGAAUAGUUAGACUUCCUGGCAUUGACGCUUCGAUUUCUUCGGAAGAAAUUUUUUAAAACAAGCCACCUUUAACGAGUGACCCGGCAUAAUUGUGCGGAUAACUGCCUUUUUCUUUUACGUUUUUUUUUUUUAGAAAUGAAAGCUUGUGAGUGUGUCUCCUCAUAGUCUGGGGCUUGUGGGCAUUGGGCAUUCCGAUUCACGCUUUAGUUGUUCCUACGCUUAACAUUGAAAUUUCGUGGCUACUUUAUUUUUCCCGCUCGGUGUAUUGUACGUAUCUGGAAAUGUUUUGUUAUUGACCUUGUUUCUAAGUGGUGCUGCAAUGGAUUUGUGUGUUUGUGUGAAUGGAGUUUUUCUUUGCCAACGCUUUCUCCACACUUCAUUGUUUUUCGUUUCCGAUUGUCCAGGAGCUCGUUUCUGCCCCGCGAUUCGACGUAUGUGCCGACGCGGCUCGCUCGUUCUGUCAUUGUAAUUUGGCAGGAGCCAAGCUCCGUCUGCGGCUCGUGGAGCGGCUGUGAAUUAAGAUGUAAGGACGUGUUCCUCCGGAGCAAGACAAUGGCGGGGGCUGGCAGUGACGGAGGAGUGGGGGCACUGGGGAGAAUGGGGACCUAGGAUGGUGUAUGUUAUUUGUACAUUGAAGCUGAUAUUCCUCCGUGUAGUUUACGAUCACGCCUCUAUCAUGUCACCAGAAAGGGUUAUUUGUACAUCACAUCUUGAGAAAAAAAAAGUGUAAUAAAAAAUGCGCAUUUCAAUACA